UUCCACCAAGUUGGAUUAAAGAGCCAAAGGAUGUCAAUUUGCGAAUGGGCGAAGAGUACUCGGUAGAGUGCGUGGCUGAUGGUUUGCCAAAACCCAACAUCAAGUGGAUCAGCUCCUCUGGCAAAGUCAUUGAAGGAGAAGUUCUUGACUUAGGGAAAAUAAUUGGCAAUGAAAAGCAAGCCAGUCAAACUCUGGCAUUUGAAUGUGUUGCCGAUAACCAAGUAGGUGAUGCACUGCGUAAGAGCAUUACUAUUUCCUACAAUGUCCCGGUUAAGUUUGAAGAAAAGUACACUUCGUUGCAAAUGAAACGAGGCGAAUUGCUCACUAUUCGGUGCAACGCCACCGGCGAUACACCCAUCUCAAUCAAGUGGAGUACCAAAGAUGGCGCAAAAAUUGAUAACCUAAACGAUCAUCGAGUUGAGAUCUCAGAAAUUCCUACCAGCAACGGUUUACUUUCUGAACUGUCUAUACGAUCAGUUUCCAAAACUGAUGGAAUCAUCUACAAGUGUGACGCAGAGAAUCUGCACGGUCGGGAUGAGCGUACAAUCAAAGUUUCGGUGGUGGAAGAGCCGGGAGCUCCACAGGGGCUGAAAAUUAACGAAGUGUGGUCACGAUCAGCAAGUAUCAGUUGGCGUCCACCUUACAAUGGAAAUUCACCGAUGUUACGAUAUGUGGUGCAAUUCUGGCGUAAAACUGGUGCCGCCCACAGAUUGCAAGAGUUCAACGUCAGCAGCUCGCAAACGUCAACACUUAUAAAGAACCUCAGUCCAGGACUGUCUUACGAAGUGUGUUUAGUUGCAGAAAAUAAAGUUGGCCGAAGCGAACCAUCAGACACUGUUCAGCUGUACACUGGCGAAGAAGAGCCUACUGGAUUUCCACUAGACUUGGCUGUAGAACCUUUGGGCCCGACCACUGUGCGCAUCACUUGGCGGGCCCCACCGCGAGAAACAUGGAAUGGAAUUUUAAAAGGGUAUUACAUCGGUUACCGAAAAGCAAAAAACUCUGACAGUACUGCGUACACCCUGAAAUCAGUGGAAACCAAACAAUCUGACCCUGCUCAAAUAGAAGCUGAACAGUACGAGUACUUUUUGCGAGAUCUCCUCAAAGGAACUGAAUACGAGUUGGUCAUUAAAGCGUACAAUCUCGCAGGAAGUGGCCCACAAUCAAACGCUCUUUUAGUUCGUACACGAGAGGGUGAUGUCCCGCCUCCAAUGUACCUAACCUACUAUGACCCCACUGCCAACAGCGUUUCCCUUCGAUGGACGCAAAAGGACGCCCGAGAGCUCUCGUCCCCAAUCACCAGCUACACGGUCCAUUUUCAAAGGGAAGAUGAACCCAAGUGGCGCGAAAUUCCGUUAAGCACAUUGACAACAGCAUCUCCACCAGUUGAUGGUGCUUUCCCAGUUUUUACCUAUGUGCUGCAAAAUCUUGAACGCGGAGUUCAGUACCGCAUUUUUGUGACGGCAAUUAAUUUGUUUGGAUUCAGUGAUCCAAGUAAUAUUGUUUCUGUCCAAACUGUUGGAGAAAGGAUCAAAAGUUCUGGCGGUUUUGUUGGUUUGAACGACAAAAUGUACAAUGAAUACGAUGCCCCUUACUACAUGCAGCCUGCUUUUACCAUUCCGAUUCUGGUAGCAAUUGUCGUCAUUUUUGUCAUUAUCAUUGCUGCAUAUGUGUGCAUUAGACAAAUCAAAGCUCGUGCUGCAGCUGCAGCAGCCACUAGCC